AUGUAUAACACCGCCAUUGAUCAAGACACGAACCGGCGUUACGGCAGCAAGUUGACCGUUAAGGUCGGCAGCCAGGGUGUCAUGAACAUUGACCGGUGGUGGAAGUGGAUCCGUCUGAACUCGCUCCGUCGCAUCUUGCAGGGUGGGUUUGCCGCCCAUUACUUCCAGGGAAACCGUGCCGUCCUCGAUAAUCUCCCCGUGAUGGUGCGCAUGAACUUCGCCUCUUCCUCGGAUCGUAGCGCUGCGAAACGCGCCGCCAAAUCCCGGAAUAACCGCCGAUGGGCCGUCCAUGAUCACUCCGAUGAAGAAUAUUAG